GAUCUGAAUGAGUUGACCAAAUGCCACGUCUGUGAAAGCGCCCUAGCUUCUUUGCCACAGAUCGGCAUUAGUAAUAUAAAUACCACGCGUUAAAGACGGCACAGCUUUAAAAAACAUUUGCCGCCACACAUCUGUACUUUACUGGUGAGAAGAUGGGUCACCACCAACACAGAAGUCUGCUAGCAUUGUCCGUUUUGACAUCUGCGAUUGUGCUGCUAGUCACCCAGCUAACCACUGCUCACUCCCACGGGGACCACGCCCACUCCCACGGCAGCGGCGGUUGCCAUGGUCACUCUCACGGCGGUCAGCCCAAGUUGCACCAAGGGGCAAGCAAGUGGACCGCAGAGGCCAACCUCCCAGCACCAGAGGAGGCUCACGGGCACGCUCACGACCACGGGCACGCUCACGACCACGGGCACGACCACGCUCAUGACCAGGGGCACGACCACGGGCACGCUCAUGACCACGGGCACGCUCACGGGCACGACCACGGACACGCUCACGACCACGGGCACGCUCAUGGGGGAGAGAGGGUGAAGAGAGUGGCCGAGGGAGAGAAGAGAGACAUGGUGGAGCUCUGGAUGCAGGCCAUCGGAGCCACUCUGCUGAUCAGCGCUGCCCCGUUCCUCAUCCUCUUCCUGAUCCCGGUCCAGUCCAACACAGACCAGCACCAGAACCUGCUCAAGGUCCUGCUCAGCUUCGCUUCUGGAGGCCUGCUUGGAGAUGCCUUCCUGCACCUCAUUCCCCAUGCUCUGGAGCCCCACUCUCACCAUGGCGACGAGGGACACGGCCAUUCCCACCAGAGUGAGGAGUCACAUGACCACGGACACUCCCACGGUGCUGCCCAUGGUCACAUGAUGUCUGUGGGCCUCUGGGUACUAGGGGGCAUCGUUGCCUUCCUGGUGGUCGAGAAGUUUGUUCGUCUCCUGAAGGGUGGCGACGGACAUGGCCACUCCCACUCCCAUGCCUCUCCUAAGGCGAAGGAGAGCAAUGGAGAGGAGGAGGAGAAGAAGGGGAAGGAAGAGAAGGAGGAAGGAAAAGAAAGCAAAAAAGAGAAGCCUGCUGAUAAAGAAGAGGAGAAAAUCACCGACAUCAAGGUGUCGGGCUACCUGAACCUGGCAGCCGACUUCACCCACAACUUCACGGAUGGCCUGGCCAUAGGGGCGUCCUUCCUGGUGGGGCCUGCUGUGGGCGCCGUCACCACAGUCACCAUCCUGCUGCAUGAGGUCCCACAUGAGAUUGGAGACUUUGCCAUCCUCGUCCAGUCUGGCUGCACCAAGAAAAAGGCAAUGUGUCUGCAGCUGCUGACAGCCCUGGGGGCGCUGGCCGGCACCGCCUGCUCCCUAUUGGCCGAAGGGGUGGGUGCGGCCGCCACCGCCUGGAUCCUGCCGUUCACGGCUGGCGGUUUUGUUUACAUCGCCACAGUAACCGUCCUGCCGGAGCUCCUGGUUGGCCGCUCCAGUUUCGGCCAAUCUGUGAAGGAGAUUGUGGCCUUACUGUUUGGGAUAGGCAUGAUGGUUCUGAUUGCUGAGUAUGAGUGAGAGAAUGGAGAGAGAGAGAGAGAAAAAUGGAUAGAGGGAGGAGGAGAAGAGAUGGACAUUGAGGAUCGUUACCAGAAUGCUGGAUUUAAAAUUUGAAGGUGGUUUUGUAAGACACAGAGAAAGAAAAAGAAAUGUUGAAUAUCAGCUGAUAGUGAGCAACUGGGACUGUUCACCUGAAUGUUCCAAAGAGAAUGUGAGCAGUGAUAAACCGAAUCAUUCCAUGAGUGACUAACCGGAGGGGAAGAGGGAAAAGAUGUGAACUGUGAUUGGUGCCCGUCCGCAGGAAUGUUGCUAGUGUCAGAGAAACAAAUAAUCAAACCAAGACUGAGGAGAGGAAGGCACGGGACUGGAGGCUGUCAGUCUAACCACCGUUUUCUAAUUUUUUUUAGUUUAACAGUUAAAAAAAAAAGAAAUCCAGUUAAUGUACCUUAAUUCUAUUCUGUCCGUGAGUUGAGUAACUAUGAUACCACAACACUGAUGUUACGUAUGAUUCUUUGUCUCUUUAUUUUAUUUUACUGUCAAAAUUAGCUGACGAGUAAAGAUGUGUGUCUAUGUAG